UGAGUCAUUUUUCUCAAUAGGAGGAAUAAUUCAGAGAAGUUACGGAGAAGAUUCAAAGAUGGAGGGAUGAAUUUGCUAAUAUGAUGUAAAAAGAUGUAGUAAGUAAACUUUGUUUUUAUUUGUGUUUGUUGAUUGACCCAUUCACAAUAAUGCAUGUUGCAGACACAAUGUGGAAAGAAGACUUCAUAUCAGACAUUGACUUUAAAUGUAAGGACAAUAUUAAUGAUAAGUUAGACAAAAUUCUGAGAAAUAAUUUUACCAAUUAGGCUUCAAAUAUUAAUCUGAGAAGUUACCUGUUAGUCUUUAGCAAUAUCCUUCAACAAUGUCUCAUGCUUCUUCUUCCAAAGUCUGCAAGUACGAUAUCUUUUUGAGUUUUAGAGGUGAAGAUACGCGUAGAACCUUUGUGAGUCAUCUCUAUAAUGCUUUGGAGCAGAGAGGAUUCCAUGCUUUCAAAGACGAUGAGCGGUUGGAAGCAGGACAAUCAAUUUCUGCUGAACUUUUAAAAGCCAUAGAAGAUGCCAGAUUUGCUGUCGUGGUAUUUUCAAAAAGCUAUGCAUCGUCAAGAUGGUGCUUAGAGGAGCUUGCACAUAUCAUAAAGUGUAAAAUGGAAUUGGAGCAGGUUGUGAUUCCAGUAUUCUAUGAUGUGAGUCCAUCAGAUGUACGCCAUCAAAAUUCCCCUUUUGCUGAUUCAUUUUUCCAACACGAGGUCAAAUACAAAGAUGAUAUGGAGAAGGUUCAAAGAUGGAGAGGUGAAUUUGCGGAGGCAGGCAAAAUAUCAGGCUAUCAUUUACUUAAUUUCAAGUAAGCUUUCUAUUUUUCUACGGUUUCUCUUUAUCAAGAGCGAAAAGUAACAAACUUCUAGCUACAAUUCCACACAAUUCAUCAGCUAUACUUUUACCGUAGAUGGAACAAAGAUUCUAGGAGAAUCGAGACAUAUAUGGUUGUUUGAUGAUUUUAAAACGUUAUAAUUCAUAAUAGUUGAUUUAAACUACCUUUGUAACAUUAUUAUGUGUUUGUUUUAGAUAUUAGUCUAUGACAAGUCUAUUUAUUUACUCUGAGAUUUUUUUUCACUAUAUUGUAGAGAUGAGGCUGAGUGCGUCAAGAAACUAGUUGAUGACAUAUU